UCACACCAGAACCCCCUUCCUCCUCACCCGUGGCCUCCUUCCUUCCUCGCAGCCCCACCCCCAUCCAUGUGGGGCUGCUCCCCACAGGGGGUGCGUCGUUCUCAGCUCCUAAACCCUCUGUCUGCAGCCCAGCCAGACCGCCUACCCCUCCCCGGGCGGAGGCAGGCGGGGCCUCUGAUAUCUCUCUCCACAGAGGUUCCCGCUGGGCCUCCGCAGCCAGGAUGGCUUCCGGCUCCGGCCCCCCUCCUUUCAGGCUGGAGACCUACGAUGGAGGCCCAGAAGGUGGAGCUGACGUGGACAAAGGAAAGCGGGGCCUUGGGGCUGCGCUGCCCCCCAUGGAGUCACCAUAUGUGGGAGAGGACCGGGACUUCUCCCCUCAGAUCAAAGUGAACCUCAACUACCGAAAGGGAGCAGGUGCCAGCCAGGAUCCAAACCGCUUUGACCGGGACCAGCUCUUCAGCGCGGUUGCCCGGGGUGUCCCCCAGGACCUGGCGGGGCUACUGGAGUACCUGCGCGCCACCAGCAAGUACCUCACCGACUCGGAGUACACAGAGGGCUCCACUGGGAAGACGUGCCUGAUGAAGGCCGUGCUGAACCUUCGGGAUGGAGCCAAUGCCUGCAUCCUGCCGCUGCUGCAGAUCGACCGGGACUCGGGCAACCCCACGCCUCUGGUCAGCGCCCAGUGCACAGAUGAGUACUACCGAGGCCACAGCGCCCUGCACAUCGCCAUCGAGAAGAGGAGCCUGCAGUGCGUGCGGCUCCUGGUGGAGAACGGGGCCGACGUGCACGCCCGGGCCUGCGGCCGCUUCUUCCAGAAGAAAAGCCCAGGCACUUGUUUCUAUUUUGGUGAGCUCCCCCUCUCGCUGGCGGCAUGCACCAACCAGUGGGAUGUGGUGGCCUACCUCCUGGAGAACCGGCACCAGCCUGCCAGCCUGCAGGCUGCCGACUCGCUGGGCAACACGGUCCUGCACGCGCUGGUGAUGAUCGCAGACAACUCGCCUGAGAACAGCGCUCUGGUGACCCACAUGUACGACAGGCUCCUCCAGGCUGCGGCCAGCCUCUGCCCCUCGCUGCAGCUCGAGGACAUCCCCAACCUGCGGGGCCUUACACCCCUGAAGCUGGCUGCCCAGGAGGGCAAAAUGGAGAUUUUCAGACACAUCCUGCAGCGAGAGUUCUCGGGACCGUACCAGUGCCUUUCCCGGAAGUUCACUGAGUGGUGCUACGGUCCGGUCCGGGUGUCACUGUAUGACCUGGCCUCUGUGGACAGCUGGGAGGAGAACUCGGUGCUGGAGAUCAUCACCUUUCACUGCAGGAGCCCGCACCGACACCAAAUGGUGGUUUUGGAGCCGCUGAACAAACUGCUGCAGGCGAAAUGGGACCUGCUCAUGCCCCGGUUCUUCUUCAACUUCCUGUGUUUCUUGAUCUACAUGCUCAUCUUCACCGCUGUGGUCUACUGCGAGCCUGCCCUGGAAAAGGCCUUCCUCCCCAUGAAAGGGACAGUGGGAAACUCCCUGCAGCUACUGGGCCACAUCCUGAUCCUGCUUGGGGGCGGCUACCUCCUGGCGGGCCAGCUGUGGUACUUCUGGAGGCGCCGUCUGUUCAUCUGGAUCUCGUUCUUGGACAGCUACUUUGAACUGCUCUUCCUGGUCCAGGCCCUGCUCACGGUGCUGUCUCAGGUGCUGCACUUCCUGGCUAUUGAGUGGUACCUGCCUCUGCUUGUGUCCUCGCUGGUGCUGGGCUGGCUGAACCUGCUUUACUAUACACGCGGCUUCCAGUACACAGGCAUCUACAGCGUCAUGAUCCAGAAGGUUAUUCUGCGGGACCUGCUCCGCUUCCUCCUGGUGUACUUAGUCUUCCUUUUCGGCUUCUCUGUAGCCCUGGUGAGCCUGAGCCAGGAGGUCCGGGACUCCAGGGUCCCCGCCAGUUCGAAUACCACGGAGGCAGCGUGGUCUGGGGCAGGACAGGAGGACGCGGAGGGCAGCGAGGUCCCAUACCACGGCAUCAUGGAGACCGCCUUGGAGCUCUUCAAGUUCACCAUCGGCAUGGGCGAGCUGGCCUUCCAGGAGCAGCUGCGCUUCCGCGGGGCUGUGCUGCUGCUGCUGCUGGCCUACGUGCUGCUCACCUACAUCCUGCUGCUCAACAUGCUCAUCGCCCUCAUGAACGAGACUGUCAGCAGCGUCACCACCGACAGCUGGAGCAUCUGGAAGCUGCAGAAAGCCAUCUCUGUCCUGGAGAUGGAGAACGGCUACUGGUGGUGCAGGAGGAAGAAGCAGCCGACAGGGGUGAAGCUGAGGGUUGGCACCAGGCCAGAUGGUAGCCCGGAUGAGCGUUGGUGCUUCAGGUCGGAGGAAGUGAACUGGGCUGCCUGGGAGCAGACGCUGCCCACGGUGCGCGAGGAGCCUGCAGGGCCCGGCGACCCUGGCGCCGGGAAGAGCCCUGCCCUGGCCGCCCGCCCCGGGAAGGAUGGUGCCUUGGAGGAAGACCACCUGCCCCUCCAGGCCCUGACGUCCCACUGACGGCCAGACGCAGCGGGAGGCCGGCAGGACAGAGCCAAGGCAUUUUUCCAGGGAACAAAUAGAAAUAAAUAUUUUCUCAUGACUAACCCCA